AUGAUUCAGGCAGCUCCAUAUAUCGUAAUUGGUAUUUUCGGUACCAUUGCUCUUGUUCUUUUCAUUGCAGGAUGUGCUAUCACAAAAACAUGGUGGCCACUCUUCGGCAUAAUUCCAGCAACACUUUCUUGCAUCUUUGGCGUCUCAUUAUCAACAAAGCUUGGUGACGAUUAUGUUGAAGACACAGAAGGAUGCAAUAUCUUUACAGCUGAUUCAGUUCUUUUUUAUCUCGUUUGCAGCGUUGUUUCCACCAUCGCACUAAAUGUAGUUUUCUGGCAUGCCGGAACAAUUAACAAGAAGUGCUUCGGCUUUAUGAUCGGUGGUGAUGUUGCAGUUUGCAUCGGAUUCGUUGUUUUCAUGAUACUCUACGGUAAGACCGAAGAUGAUGGUUACUAG